AUGUAUCUGAUUAAUCUAAGCGACCUGAAUGGAAAUGAGGAUGAGUUGCAAAACCAACUAAAAAAAUAUAAAGCAAAGGUCAGACGUCAUGUCCUCCUUGUUCGCCAUGGACAGUACAAUGUGGAUGGUAAAGCAGACUCUGAAAAAGUCCUAACAGCACUUGGUCGCGAGCAGGCAAACUUGGCAGGGCAGCGUCUUGCUAGUUUGGGUUACACCUACAAUGCGAUGACAUACUCUACACUGCAAAGGGCCAGAGAGACAUCAGAAAUAAUUAGCCAGCAUCUGGAUGGUGUGCAACGAACUGGUUCUGACUUGCUAAGAGAAGGGGCUCCUAUUAGACCUGAUCCACCAAGCAAGCACUGGAAACCAGAUGUAGUGCAGUAUUUAGAGGAUGGACCACGUAUAGAAUCUGCUUUUAGAAGCUAUAUUCACCGUGCUGACUAUGAACAGAAAAAUGAAAGCUAUGAGAUUGGUCUGCCAUGA